GUAUAUACUAUACAGAUAAAAAUGCAGCUGAAUGCUUUUUUUUUAGCACCGUUUUAAACUUGGUUUAAAUUCAGUAUUUGCUUGCAUUCAUUGUGUGUACUUAUUACGAGUAUCAUUAAAGAAGGAUGUAAGUUAUUAACUUUUUAAAUUUCACAUUUAAAAAUAUAGUGUUUAAUCAUUUCUAAAUAUUUAUUUAAAUGAAAAACUUAAAAAAUAAGUAAGCAGGUAUGCCCUGCAAUAUUCUAGAUACAUAUAUUUAGUAAAGAGCCAUACAGGUACCUAGUGGGUAAACCAUGGUAUUACAAAUGAAUAUGAUUUUUUUUUUCCAACCACAAAAUGACUCUAAUUUGCCUCUUUGCAUUGGAACCCUUUUAUCUAUUUAACCUUAAAUACUACACUAAUUGUAGUAUAUGUAAUAGAAAUAUAAAAUAAUGUGUAUAUAUAUAUUUUAAGUCAUUAAUGGACCAUAAUUAUUGGACAAAUAGUAUUUAGAACUAAAUGAUCUCCUUAAAAUAUUAAAAAUUAUUGAACUAAAAUAUAGAUUUCUAAAAUACAUUUAUUUAACUGAAAAAUAGUUAAGCUGUAUGGUCACAUUAUAAGUAAGCAAUACCUUAGGGUUAAAUACAAGACAACCAUAUUAACCCUUACGAAAAUGAACCAUGGUGUUAUUAUAGUAAAAGUGUAGUAACCAUGUUUUUUGGUGCAUUGAUUACCAUUUGUAUAACCAUAGUUUUACUACAAAUACCAUGGUUAAACUAUGAUUAGUGUAGCAAGACCAUGGUUAAUUUGUGGUUACAAUGGUUUAACUAUAGUAGCAAAUAUAUUUUUUUUUGUAGUAAAACCAUGUUCAAUUUUCAUAAGGGUAGCCUCUCCAUCACUCUCCAAAAUAAAAUUAUACUGUAAAUGUCAUUUACGUAAAAAUCAGUGCAUAAUAUGCUGUAAUGUUUACGAAAAUUGCUGCAAAUACCUGUAUAGUGAAGCUGUCUUCUCUAUCUUACUUAAACACAUUCAGAUGUACUGUCAAUGCUGGUUUGUUUGUAGAGCUUCGUAAAUCAUGUGACCGCGUGGUGGCGACGCCGGCGAGAUCAAAGCCUGUUGCAGCUCAGUUUUUCAAUGGCUCUGGCGUUAACGGAAGCACUACAUUUUACGUCACAUUAAGUGCGCCAAAACGGUAUUUAUCGUUUAAAUUUAGUGUUAAAACUUACAAAAUUUGACAGCUUUAAAAUCGCAAAAAUAGUUGCCAAUUUGUCGUGAGAUUUUACAUGGGCAUCCGAUGACCCCUUUAAAAAAUUAGUUCAUUCCUAAAUUAAAAUUUCCUGGUAAUUUACUCACCUUCAUGUCAUCCAAGAUGUUCAUGUCUUUCUUUCUUCAUUAGAAAAAAAAUUAAGGUUUUCGAGGAAAACAUUCCAGUAUUUUUUCCAUAUAGUGGACUUCAAUGGGGAUCAACAGGACUGAAGGUCCAAAUUGCAGUUUCAAAAGGCUCUACACGAUCUCAGCUGAGGAGUAAGAGUCAUAUCUAGUGAAAUGAUUGGUACAUUUUUUUUUUUAGAAAAUAUGUUGUAUACGGCAAUUUAAUUCAACAGCAUGACCUUUUAUUUCAUUUUGCUCGCUAAAAACAAGCAUUCUCAAAUCUUUUGCUGUAUGUGACAGGAGUAGUUCACCCAAAAAUGAAAUGUUCUCACCCUCAGGCCUUCCAAGUUGUUGAUGUGUUUGUGUCUUCAUCUAAACAGAUAUGGAGAAACGUAACAUUACCUCACUUGUUUGCAUUCAGUGGAUCCUCUGCAGUAAACGUAAUUCUGAAUUUCAACAAAUCUGUUCAGAUGAGAAAACAAACCUUGAAUGUCUUGGAUGACCUGAGGCUGAGUAAAUUUUCAGCAAAUGAUCAUUUUUGGGUAAACUAUUCUUUUAAAAUAACAAUAACAUUGCUCUUUUCUUAGAAUCACAUGUUCUACUGCAAGUGUACAAAAUUUGCAUCAUAUUGCAUAAAUGUGAGAGUUUUUUCAACAUCAUUCGGACUCAGGCCAGUGUAUGUGGCAAUUCCUAUGAUUAAUAAGAAGGUGGUGCAAAUACAGGCAUGUAGCCAAUAGAUUGGAGAACACUGAUGUCAUAUGCAAUUCAUCAUUCUCGCCUUGACACCUGAGAAAAGAUUGGUGCGCCAUUUGCCCUUUCCCUCUUUUUGUCCCUCGUUUUUCCUUCGUUGCUCGGCAAAUACAUAAUGGAAAUGUUAUGUAACAUCUGCUCUCAGAAAAGAAGCUUUUAAUCUUUUUGUGUCUGUGUGUGCAGAAAAGCGACUGUGGCACUUUUGUGUACCAGUGCAGUCUCAGCACACUGGAUUAAUCCAGUGAACACACACUUUAUGAUACACACACACACACGCACAUGCCUGAUCUGCUUAAAGCUCCACAUGCAGACGUCCUGAAUCGGGACACCUGUCAGGUGUUCUGGAGUUUGCCUGAUAGCGUUGCCAUGGUUAUGCUGAGUCACAUGGGAAGCUCCAUAAGUGUAGUCAUGUGCUUCAUGACUUGGCGUGUUAAAGCGUGAGCAAGUAAGGCUAAGCGCUCUAGGAUAUACAUCAUGAAUGUAUUUAAACACUCACACCUGUCGUAUAUAUAUUACAGUAGCACAUAUGCCAGAGACAGAAGAAUGUCUGGUCGAGCAGCACAUGGCCAUCUGCUGGAAUCUGUUAGGGCACUUUGUUAGGAUGAAGGGGAUGUUUUAGCUCAACAGAACUACUGUUUAAUAAACCGUACAGGAAGUGCACUUAAUUUGAGAAAAGAAUAAAGAAGCAGAAGUGAUAUUUGGAAAAACUAUGUUUGAUUGUUAUCAGAGUAGUUCCACAGAAUGUUUGUUGGUGGUAAUUCGUUCCAGGGUAAGAAAGAUUUUAUGCUCAUAUCGAUAAGGAGUUGUUCUAAAUUUAAAAUGAUCAUAUCAACCCAAUCUUGUGACCUAACCAAUAAAUAUUCCAGGCUAAAUGCAAGACAGUUUUUUUUCUCAUUUUUUACAUUGAACAAACAAGUUGAAAUCUCCACAAGAAUUCUGUUACAAACAAAUAACUAUACUGCAAAAAUAAUUUUCUUAAUGAGUAUUUAUUUAUUUAUUAUUUUUUUCAGUAAAAUAUCCUUAUAACAUGUAGGGCCCCAUGAUUUCCGCGAUGCAGAAAACGCAGAUGGAAUCACGGAAUCCAUAAAAAUUUUAUUUUCUGUUAACGCAGAAUGUCACGGAAUUUAGGAAAGGAUAAAUCGAAAGUAUGUCAGUACAUUUAAAUCAAAACGGGAUAUGGACUAGUGUCAGUGCAUAUUAAGCCACAAAAAAACAAUUUAAAUGUGAAUCCUGCAUGUUCUGCGUGUCUUUGUUUGAAUGAAUGGCCCAGAUGUGCAGUUUUGUUUACUGCACACAUACUGAAGCGCUUGAUGCUUGCUGUGUUUUCAGCCUCUGCCCUCAAUAUAUGAGUACAUGAACACAUAAACAUAAUCUUUAGUAAUUAUCUCUAAUGCUCUAAGAGUCACUUCAUGAGCAUUUUACCAUUUCUUUUGAGGAAAACUUUUGUCGUGAGUCUUGAAAGCAACCCAUCUAAAUAAAGGUCUGGUGUAACCUGAAGAAACUGUGACAGAAGUGUAUUACUUAAUGUAGUGAUAGUACGAUUACUACUAAUAAAAUUAUUCUUAAAACAGUAUUUUUAAGGAAUAUUUAUCACCAGAAAACUGUAUUUCUGAGAAAAAAUGCUUUUGAUUAUUGAAUGGAAAACACAGAAUUUGGUUAAAAAAAUAAAACUGAAUUUAAAAAAUAAUUAAAUAAAUUGUUAAACUUUUAUAUUGCUGUUAAAUUGUGUGUGUUUCAUGAUUUCAAUGAAUGCUUUUUAAUUUUUUUUUUUUAACCAUUAAAACAGAGUCUAGAAAAAUUAAAAGGAUUGAAAAAGGAUUUCAAAUAAAAAAUUGAAAAUGGAAAAAAACGGAAUAAAACAGAAUUUGGGGAAAAAAUAAAACCGAUUUCAUAGGGUCCUAAACAUGAUAAAUUUACUUAAGAAACAAACGAUUUACCGUUUACAGUUAGUUCACCCAAAAAUGAAACUUCCGUCAUUAAUUAGUCAUCCUCAUGCCACUCCAAACCCGUAAGGCCUUUGUUAAAUUUUCAGAACAUUGUUUAACUUCAAAGAAGAAGUUAUUUUUGCGCACAAAAAGUAUUCUCGUAGCUUCAUAACAUUACGUUUGAACCAGUGAUGUUACAUGGACUAUUUUAAUGAUGUCCUUACAACCUUUCUGGGUCAUGAACAUGGUAGUAUCAUUGCAGGGUCAGGGUCAGUCUCAGAUUUCAUCAAAAAUAUCUUAAUUUGUGUUCAAAAGAUGAACAAAAGUCUUACGGGUUUGGAAUGACAUGAGGGAGAGGUUUUCCAAGUUUAUGUGGCAAAAAAUAUUGUGCUCUGUUUUCUGCUCUGUUCCCUUCAAAAUUCCUUGCCCCAUAGGCUUCCAUUACAAGUUCAUUACUGUGCACAUGGUUUUCUGCAUACCACUUGUAUUGAACCCAGAACAUUUCUUUAAACAGUGUAACCUGGCAGCGUUUUGUUUGUUUUCUGUUUUUGUUUGGUCGUUUUGAUCUUGCUGAUCUAGAAAGCAAAAAAAUUCCAAAUGCCCUUCAGUAAGUCCCAUUCACUCAGCUUCUUUAGUUAUUUUAGACGGCUCUCUUCAUCUUCCUUUCUGUUCAUCCUUCCUUCCUUCUUCUUAAAUAUCUCCCCCUCCCCCUUUUUUGUAGAUCCCCCUGGCUAUUUCUGUUCCUUGGUGUCUGUUUACUCUUUGUCCUGUUUUAUCGGCUUUUAGACAAAAAGAGUCGACCCUCUUCUUCAUUUGUGUGUGUGUGUGUGUGUGUGUGUGAGAGAGAGAGAGAGACCCAGUACUCUGUCCUUCUCAGUCAAGCCGCAGUGUUGACAGGCAGAUAGUGGAGUACAGACAGUCAGCCAGUCUCUGCACUUACUGCAGUCUACUUAGGACACUCAAGGGGGGAGCUUAUCCCCCGUCUCUGCUCCUAAUGAGAUUUUUCUUCCUUGUGUUGUCCGACAGCAGCACUGUUGCCCAUGCGAGGAUGGCACACAGAGGACUCUGGGACAGAUAAUUUUAGGGUGUGGUGAGCAAUAAAGGCCAGCUAAGAAGGUCAAACACAUUUGUUCCAGCUGUUAGUAACCUGUGUUUUUUGUCUCAGGGAUUGUCUUCAGGAGACAGAACAAGCUUCUGUUUUUUUCUGCUGGGAUCUUUUACUGCUUUUCCCCUCUUUGUCAUUUCUGUCAGAUUUGCUGGAAUUAAGCUGUUUUAUUUCUCCAAGAGACACACCAGGAUUUCAGUGGCCUGCUGGGCUUCUUGCAGUGUCAGAGCUGUUUGGAGUGCUCUAAUUUCAGUGGAGAGAUCUCAUGCGCACACACAGUGCCUUCCCUUCCUGUGUAACUGCAAAGAAGGGAACAGGUUUUUCCUCCUCUCUCUAUUUACCGACACACAGAGCGAGAGAGAGAGAGAAAGAGAGGGGAGUGCGUCAGUAGGAACUCGCUCACACACUCUCAGUCAGCGUCAGACCGAGGUAGGGGCUGCAGACGUGCUCCUCCUCUCCUCUGCGUACUGUUUUGCUCCCUCUGUCGUAGGCAACUGGAGAGCUGACCGAAGCGUGCUGCUGCAGACCGGGGCAAGGGAGAUUUCCCUGCAGCCAGCAGCAGGAUGCAUCUGGUUGUGGACUCCUGUCAGGAAGUUGUGCUGAAGAUGCUACCGUACUUUGUGGAUAAUGCAUUCGUCACACAGAGGCAGAUCUACCACAUUCUAAGCGAGAGCUUCUUCAUGGUCAAGGGGGCCGCUCUGUUUUUGCAGCAGGGCAGUUGUCCACAGGGUCAGAGAGUUCAUCCCCACCACAAACAUGCAGGUGACUUACCUCAGCAUCUACAGGUGAUGAUCAACAUUCUUCGCUCUGAAGAUCGCAUCAAACUGGCAGUGCGGUUAGAGAGCGCGUGGUCAGACCGUGUGCGGUACAUGGUGGUAGUCUACACAAAUGGCCGUCAAGACACUGAGGAAAACAUCUUGCUGGGCAUGGACUUUAACAACAAAGACAGUAAGAACUGCUCUAUUGGGAUGGUGCUGCCACUAUGGAGUGACACCAAGAUUCAUUUAGAUGGUGAUGGGGGCUUCAGUGUGACUACCGCCGGGCGCACGCACAUCUUCAAGCCAGUGUCAGUCCAGGCCAUGUGGUCAGCACUGCAGAUUUUACACAAGGCAUGUGAGGUGUCACGAAGGUACAACUAUUUCCCUGGUGGCAUGGCGCUUACAUGGAUGGGGUACUACGAGAGCUGUAUCAGCUCUGAGCAGAGCUGCAUCAAUGAGUGGAACGCCAUGCAGGACCUGGAAACAUUGCGACCCGACUCUCCUGCAGUCUUUGUUGACAAGCCAACGGAGAGGGAGAGAACAGAAUGUCUAAUCAAAGCCAAACUCAGGAGUAUCAUGAUGUGCCAGGACCUUGAAAAUGUCACAUCCAAAGAGAUUCGUAAUGAUCUGGAGCAACAGAUGAACUGCAACCUGAAAGAGUACAAAGAGUUCAUUGACAAUGAGAUGCUGCUUAUUCUCGGGCAGAUGGACAAAGCCACGCUCAUCUUUGACCACCUCUAUCUGGGUUCUGAAUGGAAUGCUUCAAAUCUAGAGGAGCUUCAGGAAACUGGGGUGGGCUACAUAUUAAAUGUUACAAGGGAAAUAGAUAACUUUUUCCCUGGAACAUUUUGCUACCACAAUGUCCGAGUGUAUGACGACGAGACCACAGACUUACUGGCUCACUGGAAUGAUACCUACAACUUCAUUGUCAAAGCAAAAAAGAAUCAGUCCAAAUGCUUGGUUCACUGUAAAAUGGGCGUAAGCCGCUCGGCCUCUACUGUAAUAGCAUAUGCCAUGAAAGAAUACGGCUGGUCUCUGGAAAAAGCGUAUAACUUCGUCAAACAGAAGCGCAGUAUCACCCGUCCCAAUGCCAGCUUCAUGAGACAGCUGGCGGAGUAUGAGGGCAUACUGGAUGCCAGCAAGCAGCGUCAUAACCGCCUGUGGCAUCCCGAUUCAGAUUGCGAUCACCCCGAUUGCCAGCAAGCUGCUGCCCCUUGCUGCGUGAACUCGGAGACUGUGGAUCACAUCACCCCAGACCCCACGAACCCCAGGGUCACCGUAUGCUGUGAGCCUGCCGCCCACUCCUCUCCAAUUAGCCUAGAUCUGGACCCCAGCCACCCGCAAAACUACCACUACUACUUCCGUCGCCUGUCAGACUCGGCCCUCGACAGCGACCCUUCAACGCCAAUCCAUGCACCGCCUCUGGUGGACGUAGAUCGUGUCUACAUCGAGGUUGCAGAUGUGGAGCAAGAUGCGCUUCUUGACGAUGAAAGCUUCGAGGGGCGCGAAGGUGUUCCUUUACCACACUUCAGUGUCCCGGGAGAGGGCAUAGCCGCUCAGACCUGUUCUCGAGGGGCGGAGCCUCUGGAAGAACUACGUCUGCGGUUGGAGUUCAGCACGGUGGAAGAGGAGGAUGAAGAGGAGGCUCAGAAAGAGCAAGCAGAAAUGGAGGCAUUAGCAGAGGGAGCGAAGAAAGGAGAUGGGAAAGAUGGUGAAGAGUUGUCGAAUGAGAAGGGGAUAGAUCUCGCAAGCCUGAACCAUCUGUGUAACGAGAACUCCAACAACAACAACCACCUCAGAACGCAACAAAAUCUUACUGAAAGUGCCCAUCUGAAGCAGAAGCUUGCUCCUGGAUCAUCGUUCGCUUCCAAGCCCACCCAGAGUGCUCUGUUGGAGGCUAACAGACGAGGCCUUGCCCCUUUACCCCUCAACAGUGUGCCCAGUAUCUCAGUUCAGACGCCACCUUGUGCCAACCAGUCUGUGACAGCCAAGUGUGGCAAACUUGCCUCAGAUCCGUGCCUUGAUGCCAAUGCAAUGCCCUUAGGGCAUAAAGAUAAGCCAGAAAGCAACCCUCUUGACCAAGAAACUGAUAACCGGACACUGCUUGAAGCCAAAGGAGAAGGAGAUUCCAAGCAGAAGGAGACUGAUGCACAGGGUUCCUCAGCUGUACUCAGGAGCGAAAGAGAGAUAAAGGUUUUGGAGAAGGCAGAAGCAUCAUGUUCUCCACAGGAGGCUCUAGUACAGCUGCAACGCUCUGGCCUCGUUCGCCGCCGAAAAGAGCGUUUGGAAAAACUUUCUGGUCUCUUUCAGGAGCGUGCACGUGCGAAUGAGCAACGGGCAGCUGGUUCAAGCAAAACCGAGGAUGCAAUGAAUAAUACUAGUGAGUCAGUUGACUCUUUCCACAGGCCCUUUGGAACACGGGCUGAUUUUGCUACAGAAGCGGCGGUGCCGCUCACGAACGAGGCCUUGUUGGCCGUCCUCGGCUCGGGCGGCUUGACGCCAGUCUCGUCCCCGCAUGGUUCCACGCUCACUCGCAGCUCCAGCAGCGACAGCCUCCGUAGCGUCCGUGGCAAACCUGGUCUCGUGCGUCAACGUACGCAAGAAAUCGAAGCCCGAAUGCGACUUGCAGGACUUACUGUACCUUCCCAACUGAAACGCUCCAACUCGCUCGCCAAAUUGGGAAGCCUAACCUUCUCGUCCGAGGACUUGUGCUCGGCGUGCUCCUCCGACGCAGGAACCCUUCUCAUGCUGUCGUUGUCCCCAGAACCCGAGCGCUCCCUCAGCCCGGAAUGGGCCAGACCUUGGCCCUCUUCUUCCUCUUCAACCUCCACAAACAUAGAGGUCUUCAACCAAGGUGAAGCAGGACCUGAAGCAGGACCUGAAGCAGAACCUGAAGCAGGACCUGAAGAGUCUAAGAGCUGACAGCGGGAGAUUUUACGCAACCUUUGGUUUCAGCUUCACUUGGAGUUCUGCAACAGAUAUUUAUAUUUAUAUGUUUUUUUAAACAUUUCAGCCACUUGGGAGCAUUCACAGGAGUGAAUCUUGUGAGUCUUCUACAAACUAAUUGCUUUCUGUUAGGAAUAUAAACAGGUAUAAUAGGUGUCCAAAAACAUUCUGGACGGGGCUUUCGUUGCAUGGAACCCAAAUGGAUGUGUAUUGCACUGACUGACGAACAGUUCAUAAGGGUUUUCACUGCUUUUCUAAGGCAAAAUAAGCACUCGCCAUCCCAGAGGCCAUUACUUGAAAGCGUCAAAAUAGACUAUUGUGUAAUGUUUCCAUCAGCCCACCCAUUUAUCGCACCAUAAAUCACUUAUUUGUGGCCCAGUAUGAGUCACAGAUUCCUUCGGACAUGGUCACGCAUUUGAAAAGGGUUUUCAAAUUAUACUCCCUGCUGUGUUUUCACUUCCUGGCUGGACGGUGAAAGGAAAUGGACUCUUUGCAGUGAUUAGGAAAGUUCUUUGUGUGCUGAUGGACUCUUUUAUCAUUCAUAGAGCACUGAUGAUUCACUCACAGGUUUCAAAGUAAUACCUCAUACCAGUACAGUACUGUUCAUAACCCAGGCAGAUAACGAAACACGAUGACUGGCAGCACUUCAGUGUUCGCAGUGGGAAAGAGGUCAUCUGUUUGGGAUUCUUCCAUCUUGAUGAGGGUGAUGAAAGACAAUCAUUUCAAAGGGUAAAGAAAAUCAGAGGCGACUUCAAGCUGCUGUUCUCCUUCCACUGAAAUGUUCAUACAUGCAGUUGCUGUUCUUACGAAUGUAACUGUCCGUGAUGCUGUCAAAAUAGCAGUAGGGCAUUUGGGAAAUGUCUCUAAUAGCACAUACAUGUACUUGUAAUGAUUUUAUAUCAACAGGAGCUCUUGCAGCUGCUCUAUGUUUCCAAAUGCGAUACAAAUCAGUCAUUUACCCAGGUAAAGAUCGACUGUUAUUUUUAAUGACAUUACACUUGUUCCAGAGGCAGUGGCUUGUUUAGGCCCACCGUAGCUGAGGCUGUUUGCAGUUUGCUGGUGAUUCCCACCAUGCUAUGCCUCUACUGUUCUAACUAGUUGUCCAGUUUGCUGUCAGUUUUCCAUAAUGAAAUCAAUGUCGAUGUCGAAUCAAUACAGAAGUAGAACUAAAGAAUGCUCUGAAAGAAGAUCAGAUGACACUUACAAGUCAAAGAUGUGGCAACAAGUGCAUCAAAUCUCACAAAGCAUGUCCAGGUCACAAAAGAGAAAAAAUAAGAAAUUAUAUUUAGGAUUUACGAAACUGAAACACUGUUUUUAUUACCAUUCCCAUCAUUUAAAAAAUGUUUUACUUGUUUGUUUUUUGAGAGUAAUUGUAAUUAUUCUGUGAUUAUUGCUUGCAGAAAUAAUAUUAGUUUUUAAAUUGCCAUAAAAUAAAAGCCAUGCAACAAAUAUUACAAUGAUUUAUAAAUACUUUUCAGUCUAAAUAAUAACUCAAUAAUACACUACCAGUCAAAAAAAACAAGCCUGCAUUUAUUUGAUCCAAAACACAGCAAAAGCAGUAAUAUUGUGAAAUAUUUUACUAUUUAAAAUAUCUACUUUCUAUUUGAAUAUAUUUUUAAAUGUAAUUUAUUCCUGUGAUCAAAGCUAAAUUCAGCAUUAUUACUGCAGUCUUCAGUGUCACAUGAUAGUUCACAAAUCAUUCUAAUAUGCUGAUUUGCUGUUCAAAAAACAUUUAUUGUUAUUAUCAAUAUUUAAAACAGUUUUUUUCAGAAUUCUUUGAUGAAUAGAAAAAUCCAAAGAUCCGCAUUUAUCUGAAAUAAAAAAGCUUUUGUAACAUUAUAGCAUUAUAGCAUUCAAAAGCUUGUAGUCAGUAUUUUUUAUUUUGUAUUUUUGGGAAAGAAAUUAUAGAAAUUAAUACAUUUAUUUAGCAAGUAUGCUCCAAAUUGAUCAAAAGUGAUGAUAUACAUUUAUAAUGUUACAAAAGAUUUAUAUUUCAGACAAAUGCUAUUCUUCUGAACUUUCUAUUUAUUAAAGAAACCUGAAAAAACAAUAAUAAUAAUAAUAAAUGUUUUUGAGCAGCAAAUCAGAAUAUUAGAACGAUUUCUGAAGGAUCAUGUGACACUGAAAACUGGAGAAGUGAUGCUAAAAAUUCAGCUUUAAAAUCACAGAAAUAAAUUACAUUUUCAAAAAUAUUCAAAUAGAAAGAAGUUAUUUUAAAUAAUAUAAAUAUUUAACAUUUUUACUGUUUUUGCUGUUCUUUGGAUCAAAUAAACACAGGCUUGGUGAGUAGAAGAGACCUCUUUAAAAACGUGAAAAAUCUUACUGUUCAAAAACUUUUGACUGGUAGUGUAUAUCAUUUUGCAAUAUAGCAAAAAGAAGUUACAGAAGUUACAAAAAUAGGAAUCAUUUUAAACAUACAAGCAAAAUAUAAUUUCUUAUUUCUGAUUUUAUAGAUUUCAUUUUAUGUCCCAGACAUCUUCUUGAUAGUGAGAUUCUCCUUUUUGUGUGCUCUUGCCAUACCAGUUUGUGUAUAAUGCACCAAUCCAGCUGUUUCAUCCCAUUCGUUCUCAUCCAAGUGUCAACAGGCCUUUAUUUACCAAUCAGUUUGCUGAUUACAGCUUGAGUUGAAGUACUUGAGAUUAAUUAUGCAGCAUACUUUUCCAACAUUUUUUAAAACUGAUUUUGUACAUGUAUCUAUGCUACCACGUCGAGUUUGAGCAACAGAAAUGUGAAGUUUGCGAGUGUGUGCGAGUGAGCGGUGCCUUGCACAGCGGCUACACCGUUACUGUGAACUAUUUAUGAACAGAAAACCCUUUCAGAGUACGUGUGUGCGCUUUAAUGUUAAAAACAUGAGCAGGCUCAUAGUACACACACGGUCUCCACCUCUACACCCUCACACACAGCAAUACACUGUAUGUAAAUAUGUAUAACAGUUCAUGGUACUUACAUCUGAAAGUCAACUUGAAUCAGUUCCCCUAUCCUGUAGUAGAUGGUUGCCUGAAUGAUUUUUGGUUGAUUGAAUGAGUAUCAACACUUUAUGAAUAUAAAAAACGGAAAGGAAAAAUAAGCCAGAAAGCUGUUUAGUGUCAUGAAUAGUUAUUUGCAUCAUUGUUCAAUGUGCCCCAAACCCUCUUCCUCUCACCCAUGUCUUUGCCAUUUUGUGUCUGAUGCCAUAUUGAAGUCAAAUCUGAGUCAGAGAUUACAGAGGAAAUGUUAUUGGUUGCCUGCAUUGUCUUGUGUCAUCAACAUCAAGUGCCUUACCCAGAAGCACUAGAGGCAUUGUUCUGUGUCGACUCCUAUUUGAUAAUGUUGCCAGUUAAGGCAGAGGGUUACAUGGGCACAUUUAAAGCUGGCAAACAUUUUCCUGUCAUACGCUCCUACAUUUAACUGUUGUGUUAGAGAAAAUAGAAACAGAUCAUUGAUAUUUGGCAUCAUUUCCUUUUAUUUAUUAAGGAAGACACUCAUGAAAGCUGUUGGAGUUGCCAAGUUUUGGAGGGUUUUCCUGUUCCAAAGGAGCAAGGAAAAUUUUAUGCUGUUCCAGUAUGAAGUGAUAACCAAAGUUUUGCAUUGAGGAUCAAUAUUAAAUGCCACAUUUGUUGAUGCUGUUGCUUAUGGAAUCGCUGUAGAUUAAAGCUAUUUGCGUGGGAGAGUGUUUUUUUCUGGGAUGUUACACUGGUCUGUUCCCAUAUCAUCCAUUGACUUUCCUCUAUAAUGAGCCUCUUUUUUUUGUGAAUUUGCAAUGCUGUUUAACUGCGAUGCUCACAAAACAGGUAGUGCUCACUCCUCAUCCCGUCACCAUUGUUAUCGCUAUUAAGUAUGCAGUAAUUUUGUCCUUUGUACUGCAGAUUUGCUGUAGUUUCAAUGCAUAUUGCACUUUGUACAUUUUGUUGAGAUGAUGUACUGUAUGUGUUUAUUAUGGGAAUAAACGUUUUCUUUCCAUCUU